UUCUAAUCCGCGAGGCUCGUGGGUCGACGGAUGGACGUUGACGACGGUGGUCGAUGGUUAUCGUGUUGGAAGUUGGAAGUGGCUCCGCGGUUCCUGACGUGACGGUGAGCUCGGGCUCCGUACGUCGUUAUUUGCUGUUAGUCGUGUGCGUAAGGUUUCGCGAAUAAUUAGAACGUGAUGGCGUAACGACAAGGAAACCGUCGUCGAGAUGAGCAAAGCGACGAAAUUCGUGGGCCCCAGGGGCGGCCUGUACGUCGUCGAAGGCGAGGUCUGCCUCCUGGUGACGGCAAUGCGGCGAGGUGCCCGAUGGUCGUCGCAUUCUCACCAGGAUGAUGAUCAAGAUAAUCUCAUAAAGGGCUUGAACACCUUGAAAGAUGCAUUGAAUGAGCCAAAAGAUCUGUCUCAAUUAAAACCUGGAGUUUUCCUUGCACCCUUUCUGGAAAUCAUAAGAUCUGAGGAGACCACAGGACCAGUGACUAGCCUGGCGUUGUCUGCUGUUAACAAAAUAAUUUCUUAUGGUUUCGUCGAUUCCAAUCAUCCUGCUAUAGCAUCCUGCGUAGAAGCUAUCGCCGAUGCAGUCACACAUGCCAGAUUCGUGGGAACUGACGCAUCUGGAGAUGGAGUGGUCCUCAUGAGAAUCCUUCAGGUUCUGCGAGCUCUUAUGUUGUCACCUGCUGGCGACUAUCUCUCCAACGAAAGUAUAUGUGAAAUUAUGCUGAGUUGCUUCAGGAUAUGCUUUGAAACACGGCUUAGCGAAAUACUUAGGAGAACAGCGGAGCAUUGCCUGAGAGACAUGGUGCAACAUUUGUUCACUAGAUUACCACAAUUCGUCGACGACACCAGAGCUUUGCCAAAUAUGAAAAAAAUGAGAACAAAUAGUAUGGAAAGUACCCGUAGCAAAAACAGGAAACACAAAAGCUACAUGAAGCAAAAGUCCAAGUCCCCCACGGAUGAUGUCGACGAUAAAGAGUCACACAUCCUUAGCUCGGUUGACGGAAUACGAACAAGCAGUCAUCUGGCCAGCAAUCCCGUCUCGCCGAUUGGGAAUAUCGUUGAUAUGCAGGGAUCCUUGGAUCACGGAAGUGUCGAUAAAAACGAGGACGAGAAGAGCGACGGAAAAGUCAACGGUAGCAAAGACAUCAAUGAUAAAAACGAGUGCAAUAAGACGGUGGAUAAUCAAGAAACGAGUAAGAAGCAGGAAGACGAUAAGUACACGAACAACAGAGAAGUCAGCGGUGAAGUAGAGACAGCCGAGGCUAAUAGCACUUCCGAGAACGUUGACGCGGAGAAUAAUAAAACCGUGCCUCACGAAGAAACCAAACCAAACACAGAGAGGGAGGACACGUGUGAGCAGAGAAACACGGCAAACGAUGUGUCUGAAUCCUCCAGCAAACAAUCUUUGCCAGAAAGUCCAGGGGACGAGACCAAGAGUAUCGAAUUGACGCAGUCUCCGGUUGGCAGCGUGGAAGACCUGUCGAUAGACGAGAGCGUGUCCAAGAGCUGCAAAGCGAAGGAACCCGAACAAAUGGAAGAAUACGUGAACACCCAGGGCGUUCGUUUCAUGCCGCUGCAACAGCGCACGCCGUACGGUGCGCUGUGCGUGCGCGAGCUAUUCAGGUUUCUCGUCUCCUUGUGCAGCCCCCUCGACAAACAGAACAACGAGAUCAUGACCCACUUGGGUCUGAGUUUGCUGCAAGUGGCGUUGGAAAUCGCCGCCGACGCUCUUUCCAAUUUCUCGUCGUUACUCGCGCUUGUGAAGGACGACUUGUGCAGAAAUCUUAUUUUGCUGCUUGGAACAGACAGGCUGUCGAUUCUCGCCGUAGAUCUUCAAGUGUCAUUCCUGCUGUUCGAGUCGCAGAGAGAGCAUCUGAAAUUCCAAUUGGAGCAUUACUUAACCAAAUUAAUGGAAAUCGUGAAUUCAGAAUCCAAUAAGAUAUCCUAUGAGCAACGGGAAUUAGCGCUUGAGGCCAUAGUAAGAUUGUGGAGAAUACCCGGCUUGCCCGCUGAGUUAUAUUUGAAUUACGACUGCGGACUUUAUUCUACGAACAUGUACGAAGAACUUAUGAAGAUGUUCUCCAAGAACGUCUCCAUGCCUACGGCUGGCAUGUACAGUAUGCAGUUGAUCUCCUUGGAUGCCAUAUUAAUGCUGGUUGCCGGUAUGGAGAUCCGCUGCAAGGGCAAACCGUGUAAGCCGUCGCGUCACGAAGUAUCGCUAAAUCUUCCUACGCGCGAAGACUUGCUCGCCACGAAGGCGAACAAACGCUGGCUGGCCCUCGGCACGGAGAAGUUCAACGAAAACCCGCGCGAAGGUAUCGCAAAGCUCACGGAACACGGACUUCUGGGCGGUACUCCCGGUCAUUCGGAUCCGGAGAAAGUAGCGAAAUUGCUGCGAGAGAAUCCUGGUCUGGACAAGAAAGCGAUCGGCGAGUAUAUCAGCAAGAAGGAAAACAAGAAUAUACUCAAUUACUUUGUACACAACUUCGACCUGAGGAACACCCGGAUCGACCAGGCUUUACGGCUGUAUCUGGAGUCGUUCAGGUUGCCCGGUGAAGCGCCUCUCAUAGCUCUUCUGCUUGAGAAAUUCGCCGAACAUUGGCACGACAGCAACGGUAGACCGUUCGCCUCGGCCGAUGCUGCCUUUACAUUGGCUUACGCGGUAAUUAUGUUGAACGUCGAUCAACACAAUUAUAACGUCAAGAGGCAAAAUAAUCCUAUGACCGCCGACGAGUUCAAGAGAAACUUGAAGAAAGUGAACGGCGAUGCCGAUUUCGAUCAAGAUAUGCUCGAUGAAAUAUACACGUCGAUUAAGGGAGAAGAAAUUGUAAUGCCAGCCGAGCAAACUGGACUGGUGAAGGACAAUUAUCUGUGGAAGGUUCUGCUGAGAAGAGGUUCCGGGCGUGAAAGCACGUACCUAAAAGUAGGCAAUUCCGGCGAAUUCGUCGACCGAGAUCUGGCCGAGCACGCGUGGGGACCCAUCGUGAGCGCUCUUUGCCGUGCCUACGACAAAGCUCCAGACAGAACGCUGAAAUGCAAAGUGUCUCAAACGUUUCUAAGUUGCGCGGCGAUAAGCGCCCACUACAGCAUGUGCGGCGAUCUUGACACUCUCGUGGUGAGCCUCUGCAAGUUCACCGGCUUGAUAACCGGCGGGAAGCCCGAGCAAGUGGUGCAGCACCUCGGUGGAAGCGGCAAGUGCCAACUGGCCGCUCUCACUCUCUUCAAGAUCACACGUUUACAUGGGGACGCUUUGCGAGCGUCCUGGAAAAACAUCAUCGAUUGUCUGCAAUCGCUCUACGAAGCGAGACUGUUGCCGAAAAACCUCACCGAGGCGGAGGACUUCAUCGAUCCGUCGGGCAAGAUAUCUCUGCUUCGGGAGCCGACCACGCCGAAAGUCUCGCCGGGCGAUCAAGGCAUAUUCUCCACCUUUUACUCGUACAUCGCGAUGGACACGUCGCGGCAGUCGCAUCCUGCCGAGGCAACUUCGCGGAAAAAGGCCACCGAGUUCAUCAGCAACUGUUACCUCAAGUCCAUCAUCGAGGAGAGCAAGUUCUUUCAGAGUGAGUCGCUCAAUUCCCUCGUCGGUGCUCUGGUGUCGGUGAAUCCCAGCGACGAAGACGUGUCGAUAUUCCUGCUGGAGCUGUUGCUGGAAGUAACCAUACAGAAUCGCGACAGGGUGACGUGUAUCUGGCCGGUGGUGCAGAGCUACUUGGACCGGUUGUUAACGGUGGCAGCGCGAGAAAAUCAUCCCUAUUUACUCGAGAGGGUAGCCGUGGGCAUGCUGAGGUUGGCCAUCAGGCUGUUACGCGGUGAAGAGUUCGCGUGUCUGUCUCCUCUGCUACCUCUCACUCACCUGCCAUCCGCGACGACCGCACCGUUAGCUCGGCAAAUCGCCUACGGUCUGUUCGAGCUCCUGAAGACCGGUGCCGCGAAUAUUCACAGCGCCGAGGACUGGAAGGUGGUGUUCAGCCUGUUGGAGUGCGCGGGUGCCGGUGCGCUAGCGCCUAAACGCUCCAACACGGUCUUGGACGAGACUGCGAAUACCAGAGCGUCGGUUUUAGACCCGAGACCGAUCAGUCCCGUGCCGGAGUGGGUGCUGGUGUCGCCGACAGGCACCGAGGCUCCUCUGCCGGUAGCCGCGGAGAGGAUAGUGCUGGCGCGUGACCUACAGUCGCACGACUCAGCGGCGUUCGUCAAGUGCUGCGAGAGUCUCAACUUUCUGGUGCGCGACAUGGCGCACGUCACACCCUUCAACUUCGACCUGUGCGUCAACUGCGUGAGAACCUUCGCCGAGGCGGUGUUGCAGUGCGCAGGCAAGCGAAACCGAGUGUGCAACUCGGCGGAGGAGGCACCCGGCUACCAACACAGUCCUGAACAGCUGCUGGAUCUGAUGCACACACUUCAUACGAGGAUCGCUCAGGUAUUCCGUUGGUGGGCGGAGGAGGGCAGCAUCGACGACGGUAUAUCCCUGUGGCCGCAGGCUUGGCGACCAUUGCUGCAGGGCAUCGCGCGGCUCUGCUGCGACGCGCGUCGGCCUGUACGCACAGCUGCGAUCACGUGUCUGCAGAGCACGCUGUUGGCGCACGACUUGGCGCAGCUGUCCGCGAUCGAGUGGUCGCAGUGUCUCGAGGAGGUGCUGUUCCCGUUAUUGGCGCAACUGUUGGACCCCAUCGCGUCGAACGAUCCUGUCGGCGUCGAGGAGACGCGAGUUCGGGCCGCGAUGUUGCUCUCCAAGGUGUUCCUUCACCAUCUGACACCUCUGCUGACGCUGCCCGGUUUCUUGCCGCUGUGGCUAACUGUGCUCGAUCUGCUGCGCGCGUACAUGCACGCCGACAACAGCGAGCUGCUGUUCGAGGCCAUCCCCGAGUCCCUGAAGAACAUGUUGCUGGUGAUGUCGUCCGCCAACGUAUUAGCGGCGACUUCUAAUCUCUGGGCCCCGACGUGGCGGGCGAUCGACGCGUUCUUGCCCAACCUGAGGACAGAACUCUUCCCGGAACCGCCGGCGCCGGCGGUUGUGCCACAGCCGGCGCAGCAGCAACCGCAGUCGCCACCGCAGACACCGCAAGUGAUAAGUUUGGUCGGUCAACAGCAGCCACCUUCUUUCCCAGGGUCUAUAGCACCGCAACCGGACAGCCCAUCGACCUCGUCGUCGGCCGACGUCGAGCGCGCAAACGUUCAGGAUAACGCGAAUGCAAGGACAACGGCGCCCGUCGACAUCCUACACCCCGCGCAGCCCAGCGCGGUCGCGGUCCCGAUUCCCCCCCUGCCGACGUUGAUGUUCAACACCGAGGGUAAGGAGCCGCAGCAGGUGAUCACUCUGGUCAGUCAACCAGCGCCGAGCGUGACGAGUCCGGUAGCGGUGCAACCCGCAGCUCAGAGUAUCUUCGAUGUUUGCCAUUCGUUGAAUUCUCUGGCAGACAAAACGAGCGAGCAGCCAACGCAGCUGCAGCUUUCAUCGUCACCGCCGGCCGAAGAGGAGCACGACACAGUGGCGAAGAAAACGACGAAGCAAACGAGCGACGAAGAUCACAGCGCACAAGAUGAGAGCGCGAUCAGACGAUACGAGGAGUGGAAACAGCAGCAACAGCAGCAACAGCAGCAGCAGCAGCAGCAACAGCAGCAACAGCAACAGCAACAGCAGCAGCAACAGCAGCAGCAGCAGCAGUGCACGCAGCACGUUUCAUAUGGACAGGCAUCUCAGUAUCAGCAUCUGACGACGGAAAAUUCCUCUUACCGCACGGAUCCAUCUGAGACGAUGAGCGUAGAUUCUACGGCGGCGACGAUGUUUAACUCCGCGGCGUAUUUUAGCGAGGAUCCCGCGGCGGAUCGCCUCUUCGUCGUCACUAAUCUUUGACCACUGUAUAUUAUCUAUGUAAAUUGUAUUGUAUAAAUAUGUUUCUACGACGCGUGAUCGUAUUUGUGUUGUGUAGAUGAGAGUCCACUAUCGUGAGUGCGAAAACAAUUAAAAGAGGAAGGAGACGAGAAAUAGGCGCCAUCGCUGUAUCUUUGGUUUGUAUAUUUGCCAGCAAUAUGCAAAUAAUAUAUACAUAUGUGUGUAUACAUGUAUGAGGAGCGAGGUGAAUUCCUCUUGACUCGUGUGCUCUCACUUACUUGUGAGGAUACAUAUUAAUGUGACACUUGAUU